AUGAGUGACUCAUUUAUUGAAGCAUUAAAUGAAACUUCAUCUGAAGGCUUUGUUAGUAGUCUAACCAACGACAAAAAUACUACAAUAACUGGUGAUAAUGCUUCAAGUGAACACACAAAUGAACCACCAUCUCAAGAAAUAGCAAAACAAAAAAGAACAGAAGAAGCAAAAAAACCAAAAAGAAUAAAAGAAGCAAAAAAACCAAAAAGAAUAAAAGAAGCAAAAAAACCAAAAGGAAUAGAAGAGGGUGAGCUCUAUACACUUCUCCCAUCAGGGAGUUUGUUAAAGGAUAGCGACUUUGGGCUCUAUGAAGUUAAUGAUCAUAGAAUUCUCAAACCUGAUACCCUUGUGAAGAUUGAGUCUGAACAGAAGCUUGGUAUACUCGUAUACCAAUUUGAUUGUUUUGUAACAGAAAAAGGUGUUUUUGAUCUUAUCCAUGAAUAA